GCCAAUAAAUGCGAAGGAAGGGAGAGGAAGGCAUGGCAAGGUUCUUUCAGCUCUCUCUGGUGUGAGCCAUGGCGAGGCUGCGACUCCUACUGCUCCGGCAUCUGGCUGCCGCCGCUGCUCUGCUCGCCGGCUUCUCUUCUCUGCCACCUUUGGCAGAAGCAUAUGAUCCUCUUGAUCCAAAUGGGAAUAUCACAAUAAAAUGGGAUAUCAUUCAGUGGACUUCAGAUGGUUAUGUUGCUGUUGUUUCCAUAUACAAUUACCAUAAAUACCGACAUAUCCAAGCACCCGGGUGGAACCUUGGAUGGGUGUGGGCAAAGAAGGAGAUCAUCUGGACCAUAGUUGGCGGGCAGACCACAGAGCAAGGGGAUUGCUCUCAGUUCAAAGGCAGUAUACCACACUGCUGCAAGAGGGAUCCAGCAGUUGUUGACUUGCUUCCUGGGACACCUUACAACAUGCAGGAUGCAAAUUGUUGCAAAGGAGGAGUGCUUAACUCAUGGGUUCAAGACCCAGUCAGUGCAGUGGCAUCGUUUCAGAUCAGUGUCGGCCGAUCUGGUACUACCAACUACACAGUGAAAGCGCCACUAAACUUCACUCUGAAGGCCCCAGGACCAGGAUACAGUUGUGGAGUAGCUCAUGUGGUGAAGCCUCCUACGAAGUUCAUUUCCCAGGACGGAAGGAGAACCACUCAAGCUCAUGUGACAUGGAACGUGACAUGUACAUAUUCCCAAUUUGUUGCUCAGCGGGCUCCAACUUGUUGUGUUUCACUCUCAUCAUUUUACAAUGAAACCAUAGUUAACUGCCCAAAAUGUUCAUGUGGCUGUCAGAAUACCAGACCGGGAAGUUGUGUUGAGGGUGAUUCACCUUAUUUGGCUUCUGUCGUGAAUGGACCGGGCAAGAGCAGCAUGACUCCUCUAGUUCAGUGCACGCCCCAUAUGUGCCCGAUAAGAGUGCAUUGGCAUGUUAAGCUCAACUACAGGGAAUACUGGAGGGUGAAGAUCACGGUUACAAACUGGAAUUACCGGAUGAAUUACUCACAAUGGAACUUGGUAGUUCAGCACCCAAAUUUCGACAAAGUUACCACUAUUUUCAGCUUCAACUACAAGCCUCUGAACCCCUAUGGAGUAAUAAAUGAUACUGGAAUGCUGUGGGGUAUCAAGUACUACAAUGACCUGCUCAUGGUGGCUGGGCCAGAUGGAAAUGUGCAAUCUGAGCUUCUGUUCCGGAAGGACCCGUCGACAUUCACUUUCGAGAAAGGCUGGGCGUUCCCAAGGCGGAUAUACUUCAAUGGCGACAGCUGUGUCAUGCCUCCACCAGAUGCGUACCCAUGGCUACCAAACUCUUCCCCUGUACUCCUACUGAAGAGCUCAUCCCUCGUUCUGCCCAUCGUGAUUUGGACGGCGAUGCUGUUCUUACGGCUUGGUAUGUACUCAAUCCAUCCCAAAUUGUAAGUCGUUUGACUUUUUUAAUAUCAAGUUUGACCACUCGUCUUAUUCAAAGUUUUGUACAAAAUAUCACUUUUUUUUGUUGUGUAUUGGUUUAUUAAUAAAAAUUCUUCAAGAAUGACUUAAAAUUUGACUAUAUUUGCACAAAUUUUUUGAAUAAGACGAGUGGUCAAACUUGAGGUAAAAAAGUCAAACGACUUACAAUUUGGGAUGGAGGGAGUAGUCACUACUGAUGGAAUAGCUUAUGUUUAGGCAACUGUUUAUUGAAACUAGUGAUUGGUCUGUUGACACAUCAAACAUCCUGAAUUUAUUGUAAUCUAAUCUAGUAGGUAAGGAUGAUCCUGGUGUGCUGAAUCUGAUGUGAAACUGUCAACCUGCAAGCUGGCUGUAUUAUUCAUUCGCAUUUUGUAUAUUGUCGAUAUGAAUAUUGCAGACGCAUCAGUUAUCACUAUC